AUCAGAAUGUUGAGCAGAACGGAGUAGGAGAGAGACGGACGGACAGACAGCGACGGAUAUUUACAGCCUGCGCGUCCUUUUUUUUUCUCCUUUGGUUUGGUUUUGUUUGAGCGCGUCUAAAAUUCAGAGUACAACAGAUAGAACGAUGACGGAGCCCCAGUCAGCGCUGUUGCUCCGGAGACAGCUAGCAGAAUUGAAUAAAAAUCCAGUGGAAGGCUUUUCUGCAGGACUGAUAGACGAUAAUGACCUCUACAGAUGGGAAGUGCUAAUAAUUGGUCCUCCUGAUACACUCUAUGAAGGUGGAGUGUUCAAAGCCCAUCUCACAUUUCCCAAAGACUAUCCUCUCAGGCCUCCCAAAAUGAAAUUCAUCACAGAAAUAUGGCACCCAAAUGUUGACAAGAACGGUGAUGUUUGUAUUUCUAUUUUGCACGAGCCGGGGGAGGACAAGUACGGCUACGAAAAGCCAGAGGAACGUUGGCUUCCCAUCCACACAGUGGAGACCAUCAUGAUUAGUGUCAUCUCCAUGCUAGCUGAUCCUAAUGGAGACUCUCCUGCCAACGUGGAUGCAGCAAAAGAGUGGAGGGAAGACCGACAUGGUGAAUUCAAGAGGAAAGUUGCCCGUUGUGUACGAAAGAGCCAAGAGACAGCCUUUGACUGAUAUUCAUCCAGCAGCUUGUAGCGUCACUAUUUUCAGGGUAUCCAGUCGAGAAACAUGGCACGGUUUUCCUGCACUCUACCACCAUAUUGCCGGAUUCUUCUUGAUUGAGCGUUGGCAGAAACAAGCUGGCUGCAAUAGAACAAUAACGGCUCGUACAGAUAUGGAUGGAACGUGCCAAGCAAUGCCAACAUCCAAAAAAAGAAAAAAAACAUUAACAUAAGAUGAUUACGUGUUUUUACGCAAGUUUAUGAACUGAUACAACUUUCAGGAAAGAAAUUGUAAAGACCUGUAAAUAGCACAGACAUAAAAACCGGAUAAUAUAUAAGACUCCUCGUAUCCAUCCACCGAAACACUUAGUACCAAAUAAAUAGCGCUUUCUGUAGGUAGAAUGAGUCCUGUAAACAAAAAAAAAAAACCUCUUAAACAGAAUGGUUAAUUUUCCCCUUUCAUCCCCUCCAGCAGCUUCUCAUGUAGUGCUCAUCAGUUCUUUUACAGGUCACGUCGAGGGAGCGGUGUAGCAAUGAAAAGGGCCUUUUCCACCCUUGUAGAUUUUCAUUGUCUAAGCCUCACAAUGACAAGCUAGAAACAAACAAGCCGGAAAGGUGUUCUUUAUUGGCAUGUAGUAUUUGAGGGAGGGUUUGAUGGCAGGGUGGGUUGUUGGCGCUACUGAUGUUCGGCAUGCCAUGUCAUGGGUUGGACACUCACUCGGGGUCACUUGAAGUAAAUAAUGUAAAGCAUGGGAAAAGACUUCUGAAACAGCCGGUGAACGUUUGGAUCGGUUUUAACUUUAGGGGCGGGGUGGGACUGGGGACGUGUCCCUGCUUUGGCUUGUAGACAAGUUCUACUAAACAGGCCUGCACCUGUGCUUGGUUCUGCAGUGAGUUUUCAGUGGUGGGACAGCUGACGAGGAAACCCAUCAGAUGUGAUAACCUGCAUGUUUAAGCUCAUGGGUUUUAAUUUGUUUGUUCGUUUGUUUGUUUGUUUUUCUUUUUAUUUCAAAAGUGCCUCCAAUUUGAAAUUGCUUGGCUUGUUGCACCGCCUGCAUUGGGUCUGGAGCUGAAAAUGAGAUGUUAAGAGAUCUCUGUGCUCCUUCAGGAUCAUGUCUGUGUGGGUUUUUUUCCUUUUUUUUUUUUUUUUUUUUUUUAAAUCCUUUGUACCAGCAGUAAUGGAUUAUUAAAGAUAAUUUGGUGUAGCAAUAAUGUCCCCUUUGGCCAUCUGUGUGUAGUGUGAAAUUUUCAAUAUUCGGAUAAAAUUUAGAAACAAGGAAACAAUUAUGCCUUUUUUUUUUUUGUGCCCAAUGUUUUGAGAGAAUUCCUUUGCAGGGCUUUGUUUUUCUUUUGUGUGUUGUCUUUGGUAGGAUUCGGUAAGUAUGCUUUAACUGUAGGUUUCUCACAAGCAGUUUCUUGGACUUUCUUCUCUCUGUGUGUGUGUGUGUGUGUGUGUGUGUGUGUGUUGAGGGAGUGUGUGUGUUCAUGAUCCUGCUACUCCCCACAAUCCUUUAUUCUCCAUUUAAUUUUAUUCUGGCUCUGACAGACUACUGCAGUUCUCUUGCCUAAUGUACAAAGACAAAAUACUGAUGUAUAUUUUUCAUGUUAUGGAAGUUGUCUCCUUCUCUAGUGAAUUCUUCUAAAAUAUAAUUUUUUUCCAAUA